CCCGCGCUGCGCGGCGCAGUAAACAGAAACUUGCAGGCAUCGCGUCCGCUCCGUCCCAGGCAGGCGUCCGAGUGCUCGGGGGGCCAAGAGCCUGGCGUGGACUUGGAAUCAGCCGAGAUGGGAGGAGGAGGUGGCCUCCUACAGCUACGGCAGAGGAGUGUCCGCGCAGCGCGGUGACACGGCGGGCCAGCGCGGCAUCCGGGGGCGCAGGGCCGGGGCGCGAGGCUUCCGGGAACCCCGGAGACACCCGCCAGAUAAGCUCUAUCGCAGCGGCCAGAGCCGGGAACAGCCGGAUACAGGGGCCACGGACCACGUUCCCAGAACCAGCAUCCGCGGCGGUCAGGGGCUGCGGGGAGCUGCGCUCGCCCGCGGUCGGUGACAGCCAGCCAGAGCCCGGGUCCGGAGGUCCAGCAGACCCGCUCCACGGUGACAGCCAUGUCUGUGAGGUUGCGCUUCCUAUCUCCAGGGGAUGCCGGGACUGUGGGGACCGUGGGCCGCAGCGCCUCCUUCGCUGGCUUCAGCAGUGCACAAAGCCGAAGGGUCUCAUCAAAAUCCAUCAACAGGAACUCUGUGCGGUCCCGGGCAGCCAAAUCCUCCAAGGCUUAUGGAACACUGCGCAAAGGUUCGCUGUGCCUGGACCCCCGGCCGCAGCAAGUGAAGAAAAUCUUUGACGCUUUGAAGAGAGGUCUCAGCGAACACCUGUGUGAGCAGCAGGCCGAACUGGACUACCUGUGCGGGCGACAUACGGACACCCAGAGGGGCUCCAGGCUGGCCUUCUACUAUGACCUAGACAAGAAGCAAAUGCGCUUGGUGGAGAGACACAUCCGGAAGGUGGAGUUCCACAUAAGCAAGGUGGAUGAACUCUACGAAGGCUACUGUAUUCAGUGGCGUCUGCGAGACGGAGCCUCCAACAUGCAGCGUGCCUUCAGCAACAGCACCCAGAGCAGAGCCUCCCGCGAGAGCCUGCAGGAGCUGGGCCGCAGCUUACAGGAGUGCCUGGAGGACAUGUGCCUCAUAGAGGGGACCUUGGAAGGUCACCUGGGCGAGUUCCACGUCAAGAUGAAAGGCUUGGUGGGCUAUGCACGCCUCUGUCCCGGAGACCAGUAUGAGGUGCUCAUGCGCCUGGGCCGUCAGCGAUGGCGGCUGAAGGGCCGGAUAGAGCCAGAUGACAGCCAGACCUGGGAUGAGGAGGAGAGGGUCUUCGUGCCCACGGUGCACGAGAACCUGGAGAUCAAGGUGACGGAGCUUCGAGGCCUGAGCUCGAUGGUGGUGGGUGCGGUGACAUGUGACGUGGUGGACUUCUUCACAGCACGGCCCCAGCUUGUGGUGGUGGACAUCACAGAGUUGGGCACCAUCAAGCUGCAGCUGGAGCUGCUGUGGAACCCCUUGGACUCUGAGUGCAGGUUGGUGUCACCCAGCCCCACUGGCAGGUUCUCCAUGGGCAGCAGGAAGGGCUCCCUAUACACCUGGACACCGCCCAGCACCCCCAGCUUCCGGGACAAAUACUAUCUCUCUGUCCUCCAGCAGCCAUUGCAGCAGGCCUUGCUGCUAGGUGGGCCAAGGGCCACCUCCAUCCUCGGCUACCUGUCUGACAGUGAGCUCCAGGGUCCCCGCCUGCGGAGCCGGAGCCAGGAGCUGCUGGAGAUGGACUCCUUCAGCUCUGAGGACCCAAGAGACACUGAGACCAGUACUUCGGCAUCCACCUCAGAUGUGGGGUUCCUGUCUAUGUCUGUGGGUCCCACAGCCUGCGUAGAAGAGGAGACCAGGGAGGAGCCUCCACCUCUGGGCCUGCUGUCAGGCCUGGCUCACCCAGCAGGGGGUGUGCUUGUAGAACAGCCUGGCUGGAGGGACUUGGGAAGAGAGAGGCUGGCCCUGCUGCAGGACGCCCCCAUCCACAGCCCCAUGGUGCCACGGAGCCGGAAGGGCCAGGAGGAUGGAGAUGUGGGGGACAGAGUGGAGGGGCCUGUGCAGGAGGUCCUGGAUCUGCUGCGGUCUGCAGACCCCGCGCAGCCCCAGCUCAGGGAGCUGGAGUACCAAGUCCUUAGCCUCAGGGAGCGGCUGAAGCUCCGAGGGAUGCAGCCGGAACCCGUGUCAGCGCAGAGCCUGAUGGAUUGUAUCCUUGAGAGCUUUGCCUUUCUGAAUGCCGACCUUGCCAGUGAUGAACUGUCCCUGUUUGGGGGCUCCCAGGCUCCUGAGAGGGACAGCCCUCCACCUCCACGGCCAUCAUUGAAGGUGUCACCCAGCGAGCUCACAGCUGGUGCCCCUGAGCUGGACACACUGCUCACGGUCCACCUUCAAGUCUGCAAAGCCUUGCUUCAGAAACUGGCCUCCCCUAAUUUGUCGAGGAUGGUGGAGGACUGCCUCCUGGAGGAAGCGGAGCAGCAAAGGCAGGUUCUGGAAGUGCUUUCAGACCUUGACCUUGAGCAGGUCAGCAAGGCCAGGUCGGUGGAGGAGAUCAUCCCACAGGCUUCUCACAGGAAAGGUGGCCUGGCGCUGUGGCAGGGGUGCACACAGCCUGGAGGUGUCCUGGCCUGCCCUGCCUCCACACUCCUGAGCCAGCUCAAGAAGACAUUCCUGCAUCGAGUUCGAGGGAAGUACCCCGGCCAGCUGGAAAUAGUGUGUCGCAGGCUCCUGGAGCAGGUGCUGGGCUGUGGUGGGCUAUUGGUCCCAGCAGGGCUCCAGGAAGAGCAGGUGGUCACGUGGUUCCAGUUCCACAACUACCUGCAGCGGCAGAGCAUCUCUGAUCUGGAGCAACACCUCGCCCAGCUCACCAAGGAAGUCACUCUCAUUGAGGAGCUGAGCUGUGCAGGCCCGGCCAAGGCCUUGAGGAAGCUGCAUGGGAAACGGCUAAGUCAGCUGCAGCCACUUCCCCAGACUCUUCAAGCCUGGGCACUGCUGCAGCUGGACGGACCCCCGAGGCUGUGCAGGGCGGCCAGAAUGCGCCUGGCCAGUGCAGCCAGGAACAAGCGCUUCCGGGAAAAGGCUCUGCUGUACUACACCAAUGCCUUGAAUGACAGUGACUCCAAGCUCCAGCAGGCGGCGUGCAUGGCUCUGCAGCAGCUUGGGGGUGUUGAAAGCAUUGAGCAGAUUGUCAGUCUGUGUCAGUCUGACCUGGAGGCCGUGCGAGUCGCAGCGCGGGAAGCAACACUGUCGUUUGGUGAGAAAGGCCGCCUGGCUUUCGAGAAGAUGGACAAGCUCCACUUAGAACAAGAAGCCUUCUGUCAGGAAGCAGACAUUGAAAUCACAAUUUUUUAAGAUGCUGUGAUCAAUGAGUUCAAAUCAGGCAUCUUUCUUCCUUGAUGCUGCUUAGCUUCCAUAGUGCCCAGGAUUUGGAUGGAGCAGCCUAGCCACUCCCCCACAAGCCUGAACUGGUCAGGAUAGUUACCCAAGCUUGGGGUCAGUAUCCAGCCCAGGGAAAGCAGUGGAGUAUUCACAGAGCCGAUGGAAGUGAUGUGUGGGACUCUGAGGCCUUGGCCUCCCCCAAAUGCUGCUUUUGCUUUCCUGGGGUACAUUCCCAGGACCGCCAACACUGCCUGAGGACCAAGGGUCCAGGGCAAGGUGAGGCUCCAAGACAGAUGCACAUGGAGCUCCCUGCAGACCCUUAGUUGGGACAGAACUGGUCUGAUCAACAUGGGCGGCAGCAGCUAGGCAGUGGCAGGCCCACUUCUAGUGCGUGGCACCCCCCGGCCACUGGACGAAUGCUCCAGUGGCUGAGCCGAGGGGAGGUUUUCACUGCGGCGGCUAUGCAAACCCACAAUGGUUUCCUACCCAAGAGGAUGAAGCACUCCGGGUGUCUGAGAUGCCCAUGAGAGGCUCUCAGGGCUGACUCACUUGGAGUCCUGUGGAUCAUGUGUGUUGACUUGGUAUUUAUUUGCUUUGUUCAUGUCCAUUUCCUGAAAUCUCAAUUAAAAACUCUGUAGCAUAUGACCACC